AUGAAAACUUUCUUGCAAAAACAUAAAAUUAGUCUUAUAGCAAUAGUAGAACACAUAGUACAGACCAAUAAAGAAAAAGAGAUCACCAAUAAAUGUGCACCUGGAUGGAGUUGGUGUUCCGAUAGUUCAACUAAUGAGAAAGGGAGAAUAUGGAUUCUAUGGGAUACUAAUAGUAUUCAGUUCACUCUGAUUCGGAAGCAUGCUCAAUACAUCCAUGGUAGCAAACAAAUUCCUUUCAUAGCCAUUUAUGGAUUGCAUACCAUUGCUCAUAGGUGUGACAUGUGGGAAGCACUAAGGAGGAUAGAUUCUCAGUUGACUAACUCCUGGAUAAUCAUGGGAGACUUUAAUGCAAUAAGGGAUAUUGAAGAUAGGGUAAAUGGCAUAGUGGUACAGGAAAAUGAGAUCAAAGACUUUAGAUCUCUAAUGGAGGACUGCAGAUUGAAUGAACUUGGUACUGUGGGUAGAUCUUAUACAUGGACAAAUAGCCAUGUUUAUAGUAGAAUCGACAGAGCCAUAGUCAAUGCACACUGGAUGAUAAACAUGCCUCCAAUGCAAGUACAUGUGAUGGAUCCUCAGUUCUCUAAUCACUCUCCACUAUGUAUAGAGCUGGAAAGAGAACUGGAACAUAAAGGGAGACCUUUCAAAUUUUUUAAUUGUCUUGCUGAGCAUCCAGAUUUUGAUAGUAUAAUUAGAGACAGAUGGAAUAAGGAGAACAGAAAGAGAAAUACAAAAAAGCAACUGGAGAAAUGGAGUACAAUAGAGGAGGGCAUCUAUAGACAAAGAUCUAGAAUCCAAUGGCUCCAAUUGGGUGAUUCCAACACAGCCUUUUUCUUUGCAAGCAUGAAAAGGAGAGCAACACAGAAUCAGAUAAAAUUCCUACAUGAUGACAAGGGAAGGUUGAUCAACAAACCAGAAGAUAUUGAACAAGAAAUUGUGGGGUUCUACAAAGGACUGUUAGGGAGUUCCACUAAUAGCAUACCUGCUAUUAAUCCUAGUAUAAUGAGGAAAGGUCCAGGGCUUACAAGAUCUCAGCAGCUACAACUUAUAGCUCUAUUUAUUAAUGAAGAUGUGAUGAAGGCACUGCAGGAGAUAGGAGACUCAAAGGCACCAAGUGGGGAUGGGUUCAAUGCAUACUUCUACAAGAAGACUUGGCACAUAAUUGGUAAGGACAUUACAAAAGCCGUUUUGGAGUUCUUUAAUGAAGGGCUAAUGUACAAACCAGUAAAUAGCACAACAGUCACUCUGAUCCCAAAAGUGAAAACCCCUUCUUCUGUCAAACAGUUUAGACCAAUAUCUUGUUGUACUAUCAUAUAUAAGAUUAUUUCCAAGAUGCUCACAAGCAGAUUGCAAACAGUAAUGGAGUCCCUAGUUGAUAUGAGUCAAGCAGCAUUUGUACCAGGCAGGAUAUUGAGUGAUAAUAUUCUACUGGGACAUGAACUUGUUAAAGGCUAUGGGAGGAAGGGUGUAUCACCAAGAUGUAUGGUAAAAAUUGAUAUGCAAAAGGCAUCUGAUUCCAUAGAAUGGAAUUUCCUUGAAUAA